CUCUUUCUUUUCCUUGUGCUGCUGCAGAGAGCAAGAAGAGCUUUACUGCAGAAUCGAUGAAUCAAUCGAGGCGCGGGAAGGAUGCCAAAGAGUCGAAGGAAGUGGUAAUAAGCGACGCAACAAAACAGCAACCUAUCGCUGUUGUCGCUUUGAACUAACUGCUACGAGUUACCCGGCGUCACUGCAUUUUUGUUGUACCGCAAUGAGACGUACCGGUACCGUGGGCAAAAAAUACUUAAUGCUCAACACCAUGUGACUUGUGUGUUGGGAGAACGAAAGAUGUGAGUCGUGCGCCGUUCAUUUUGAUUCAUUUUGACUAAAAAAUAAUAUCAUGUCAUGGUCGCAUAUUUUCGUACCGGUUCGUACAUCACACGUAUGGUACGGGAGUGCGCAUCUUGUGUUCAGCGGAUCCACAUCGUACUUACGGUAGGGUACGUACUAUUCAUACGGUACCCUACAGUUACCGUACGGUACGGUACCUCGUCACUAAUCAUAACAUACCAUAGAUACAUACGUAUCAUAUAUAUCAUAUACCCUCCGAAUACGAUAAGAGAUACGAGUGGAGAGGAGAGAUGAAUCAAAGAUCAAAGGCUUCCAAGCGUUUUGUACAACCCUACUUGAGGUUGUGGUGGUAGCCAGGCAGUAGGUACGAGUAGUAGCAAAAUAUAUGCGGUCGAUGUUGCCAUUUUUCACUUCCUCUUUUUCAUGAUUUCACAACAAGGCAUCACACCGAAGCCUGACUGAGAACGAAGCCAAAAGCCAAGCCAAGCCAAGCCAAGCAAAAGAAAAUACAAGUAAAACAAAACACACAAAAAAAUUCGAGAUAAUACAAAACAUUUCAAAUUUCAAAAUUUCAAAACCAUACGAUAGGAAGCGAUUACUCGAUUGAACACAGCACAAAAUCAGUGAGAAGCAGACGGGCGGGGAAACGGUGCAAGGGAGACAGAGGCAGGAUCUGACUCGAAAACAGCAAAAUUUUGUGGAGCUGACCUGAAAGCAGCAAUAUGAUUGGCCACGAAUCCGAAAGGCUACAUCCGACAGUUACUGCCGCUGCAGCGAAACAACAACAGCAAACAAAGGUUUCGUCGACGACGACGAGGAAAAAGAGGAUGCUUCGGGCAGCGAUCCUCUUCGGCGUGGCAUCUUCUCUCCGAUUCGCCCUCUUGGCCAUGAUUGCUCUGCCCCUUGAGAGAGUUCAGGGAAAUAGAAACACCAUUCUAUACCCCGUCUCGGAAGACGACCGCCAGCAACAACAGCUGCGAAGAGAUCAGGAAUCGUCUUCUAUCCAUACCGGUGGGAUGUCGAGCUCGCAAUCCGAUUCCGAUCGCAGCGACAACGACAAACACAAAAAAGAAAGCGCAGUCUCUUCCCCCCGCAAGCGGAAAGCGGGGGCACCCUCUCGGUAUCUAGAAUACGAGGAUCCCGAUGCCACCUACGACAUCCGCCUGGGAAUCCACCCCUCCAUUUCGUAUCCCGAUCUCGAGAACUUUUUCGACACGGAAAUACGAGUUCGGUACGAGUACAGAGCGCACAAAAAAAGGGGCAGAUUGCUGGCCAACGACUGCCCACGGCACUUUUUGUGGCUCUCCGACAAGGCCGUCAAGGACGAGCUGGACUAUCGGCUGGAGUUCGGGGUCUGGUCGGAGCGCGUCCUAGUCGAAAAGAUCUACUUCACCCUCUUUUACGGCGGGACCGGCCUGGCAUCGCGGUACAUGGACAGCGUCGACGACUUCCAGACGGACCUGGUUGGGUGGGAAAUCAUGAACCGGUCCUCGAACCACUGCGACUGGGAGGGGAUAGAGUGCGAGAAUCCCUCCCUGUUGGACGGCGAGGAUCCCGGUACCGGCCCGGCCAACAACACACGCCCCUCGGUCGUUGGCUUCCAGAUCAACGGCUUCUCCCUGGAGGGGACGCUUCCCCACGAUCUCUACCGGCUCAGCAAACUCCGGACACUCGACCUGCACGGCAACCGAAUCCGGGGAACCAUUCCGUCGUCCCUGGGAUUCCUUUCGUCGCUGGUCACGAUCGACCUCCGGGACAACCGGCUGGAGGGCACCCUACCCACCUCGCUGUCCAAGUGGAUCGGUGUCGAGCGGGUCCUCCUCGGAACCAACCGGCUGGGGGGAACGGUACCGGCACCGAUGGUGGCCAGCUGGGCGAGGCACCCCGCCGCGGAUGAAACCGUCGGUAGUGGUGGCCUAGAAACACUGGAUCUCUCCCACAACGGCUUCGAGGGGGAAUUCCCCUUCCGGGCUCUCUUGGCCACGGCGACGGACCUCGAGGCACUGGAUCUCUCCCACAACCGGUUCGUGGGCGUCCUGCCCAACGACGUGGGAGGUGGCCGAGCCCAGCUGCUGCGCGACCGGGGGACGAACAAGGCACUCGUCGCAGCUUCGGAGGCCUGUGCCUCCGGGGACGACGAAUCGUCGUCGGGAGAGCCGGAAGGCGACCGCAAGAACCGGUGCCUCCACCGGACCCUUGCGGCGAAGGACGGCGGUGAGGUGACAACGGAUGGGAUGGGGAAAAAGCUCGGGGACCUCAAUCUUUCCUUCAACACCUUUUCGGGGAGCCUCCCCGAGCAAUGGAUGGAGGCCUUUCCCGGGCUGACAUCGUGGAACCUUUCCCACAACAAAAUGACCGGAAUGGUGCCGAACGAAAUCUGGAAGCUCACGUUCCUCGAGCGCCUCGACCUGGUGAGUAGCAACAACGUCAAAACACGGCAAUUUAAAUGCUGCGGUCCUGCCCAAAAUGAUCAGGAUUGUUUGCCCUGCAAUGUUGUACGGGGAUAACUAUUUACUGAGUGGUACAUACUGGCGUCGGAACCAAUCGAAAAGAACCUUCGUAUUUGCCUUGGUGGAACACAGUGGUUUAUGCAUGCUUUGCUUUUUCUGACUUUUGCUUCGUGCUGCUUACUUCUUUUGAACUCGAUUGUCAUUUGUUCCAUCGAUGCUAAACAAAUUGAACACAAAUAGGGUCACAAUCGGUUGACGGGAGAGAUCCCCAGCGAAGAAACUAUCAGUAGACGCGGCGAUUCUGCCAGGGGCCACGAUCCGAGACCCAUGAGUGGCGGAAGCUGGUCGGACCUGGUUUUCCUCAAACUCCUUGAUCUGGAGCACAACGAAUUGAAGGGAACGAUCCCGCACGAAUUUCUUGCGGGACUUUCGUCGUCACUCGAACAACUCGCGCUAGGAAAGAACCUCCUACGGGGAAACAUUCCGUCGACGAUUGAAAAAAUGACAAAGCUGCAAAGCCUCGAUCUCCACGGCAACGACUUGACGGGGAAUCUUCCCACUGAAAUGAGGCGAAUGCAACCCGACUUGAAGCUUAAUCUUACCGACAACUCGUGAGUACCCGAUACGAUGCCAUCCCGUGGCGUUGCGUGGCUUGGCGUGCCCUGCUAUGCGAGCGAUCAAUGUGGUAGAAAGUAAAUGCAACGAAACCUAGCAUGGUACCGUGCAUUUCGGAUUCAUAGCACCAAUCGAUUAUCAAUGCUCUGUCUGUCAGUGUUUCAUUCCCUGUCCACGAUCUGACAAUGUUUUGGUACUAUUCAUUUCUUUCGUAUCCUUAGGUUGAUUGGAACCGUACCAAAGAUAUUCUGCGGGCGAGGUGCAAUGAGCUCCAGUCUUCUCUUUCGACAGUCUGGGUGCGACGCGAUUCUCUGUCCUCCUGGUACCUUUCAUCCAAACGGUGCAGCCAGUCUCUACUCCGGCUGUCGCCCGUGUCCAACCCGUGAAGGAGACGAUCCCUCGUCUGCCAAGACACUGGGAAGACUCCGAUGCGGGGAAAACUCAAGCAAGACGACGUUUGUGCACGGAGACCUAAACGGAGAUGGUGUUCUCACGGAACGAGAGAUUCUCCGUCUGCUUUAUACGUAUACGGUUGGAAAGAAUUGGGGUUUGCAAUACGAAAGCUGGGCCGACCCCGCCGUAGAUAAGUGCGACCUUAACGGUAUAGUAUGUGCCGGUGGGAAGGUGACCAGAAUCGAUCUGACAGAUGCGUCUCUCUGUGCUACAGUAGACCGCAAGGCGGUCCCCGCUCACGAAUGCAAGGGGAUCCCGGCCGAGAUUUCCAAACUCACACGAUUAGCCGUUCUUACAAUGAACCGGCGCCAAUUCUUACGGGGGACAAUGCCCACCGAAAUCGGUGCAUUGACGAAGCUUCAGUAUCUGGACAUGAGCAACUGCCCAUUAAUGACGGGGCGAUUGCCAAGUGAGAUUGGUCACCUGACGCAGCUAAAAUAUCUGAACAUUGGAGGUUGCAGAUUCAAUGGCACUAUCCCCGAAGAGCUCUUCGAACUGAGUGGCUUGGAAAAACUCCAUCUCAGCAUGAAUGCCUUUACGGGAACGAUUUCCACUUCCCUCCGAAAAAUGACCAAUCUGAAAGAGUUCCUUCUCUCGAGGACUUAUGUGAACGGAACGAUUCCGGAAGGGAUCGGUCAAUUGUCCUUACUAGAAAAUUUCGAAAUGUACGGGAACCAGCUUCUUGGCACCAUCCCCGAGUCUCUCGGAAAAUGCAAAAAUCUAAAAAGAAUCGGUAAGUCUGGCAAUCAUUUGGCCGGAGUGGACACUGAUCCGCAUGAUGAAUUUCGUAGAAAUUUAUUGACCUACCUAUUCGGUACUGAAUGCUCAUCGCUUGAUUGUGUUUUGGUCUUCAGACCUCUUCAAUAACAAAUUGACGGGAAAGAUACCAGAAUCACUGACCACGAUCAAAGGUAUGUCGUGCAUCACUUACAUUCACAAUUUUAGCGUUUGGUGAGAAGGUUUCGAUUUAUAGAUCUGAGGUAUCGGUUCCGUCAUUUUCUUACUUUGACAGUAUUGGUUUAUUCCUUUCUCCAUUGGUAGCCCUUCAAAUUCUUCAUAUAAAAUUAAAUCAUUUGACCGGAACCAUAUCCUCUGGGUUUGGCAGGCUCCCUGCUCUAUCUUGGUUCGACGUAUCAACCAAUCAUCUGCACGGGACGAUUCCCGGAAGCUUUGGGAAUUCUGAAACUCUGAAGGAUUUCCGUCUCGGAGGAGGAAAUAUGAUUCACGAUCCGAUUCCCAAGUCCUUGUGCAGCAAUGCUAAUAUUAAUGGAGGUCUCACGAAAACUUAUGGAUGCAGUGGAGUCAUAUGUCCUCUCGGAACCUAUUCUGACCCCGGCCACGCUACUCACUCGGAUGGGUGUAAGCGCUGUCCCGACGGUCGAACGACGAUAUAUCUUGGUAGCUCGAGAUGUGUUGAACUCACCGACGACGAUAUUCUUACCAUGUUCUACGAUGUAAUGGCAGCGUCUAGUGCAUUUCCUGUGCAACAGAACCAUUGGGCCCAUGGCAGGGAAGGAGACGUGUGCUCUUGGAAUGGUGUAGAUUGCGGCGAAAACAAAACGAUAGAAUCUAUAUGGUUUCCUCUUUUGGGGUUGGGUGCAGAUUGACUGCUUUUACCUUCAGUCUGCACCAAUCCUUCAGCACUGAGUUGUAUGGGACUUCCACUCGACUUCACUCCAUAUUUGAAAUGUGACUGAAAUUCACAUUUUUUCAAUAGUUCCUUAUCAUGAAGCUUCUCCGUGCAUGAUGACCUCAAUUUCCAUGGUAACAAAUGAAUUAUGUUGCUCACCACUUAAAUAAUACUACUUACAUGAA